AUGUUAAUUAUUUUUUGGAAGUCGUUCACGUCUUGCACACCAGAAACUGAAACUAAAAAUGAAUUUGCUAAAAUCAAAAGCAUCGUUGAGAGUUAUGCAAAUGCUUAUACAGAAUAUCUUGCACGGCAAGGCCAGUAUCAGCAGGAAUUGCUCGAAGCUAAAGUGAAGGCUAUGGACGCUCUACGUCGAGAGCAUUACUUAUUAACUGAGCCUAUCGAUGCCUAUAAAUCCGAGAAACCAGCGCCAAUUAGAGGGCAGGACAAACCAAUAUCCCGCCCCGAUGAGAUAGAUAUAUUGUUGUUGAAAAGGUUCAAUAUUAAUACCACCCAAGAAGUGCGCCUGGCUUCGCUU